AUGGUAAGCAACUCGUUUUACAGAAAAUCCUUUAUUGACUCCUCAAUACAGGUAGCUAGGCUUUACGGUUUUCAAGGCCUCGACUUUUUCUGGUAUUAUGUAAUCACAAAGUCUGACAUGUUCAAUAUGGGCAUUCUCUUUGAAGAGUGGCGAGCUGCUAUCCAACUGGAGGCGAAAAACUCUAGCCAGUCAGAACUGAUCUUCACCGCAGCGGUUUAUUAUUCAACAUCAACGCCUUCGGGAAGCACUUACUCUGUAAACUCAAUAGCACAAUAUUUGGAUUGGGUUCAUGUGCUAGCUUCUGAGUACAGUCGUCCGGGCCGGUACAACUUUACUGGCGUUAAUGCAGCUUUGUAUGACCCAGCUGGUGUUAAAAAUACAGAUUAUGGUAUAAGGGAAUGGAUUAACGCAGGAUUAUCAGCUAAUAAGUUGGUUCUCUUAUUACCUUUCUAUGGAUGUGAAUGGACGCUUGUGAACUCUAAGGAUGACAGUAUUGGUGCUCCAGCAGCAGGACCAGCUAAUAAAACAACAUAUGGUUUUUUGACCUACAAGGAGAUCAAGGAUGAGAUACAGCGACAUGGUCCUAAUGUUCAAGUCAUAUAUAACGAAACUUAUGUUGUGAAUUACUUCACAAUUGGAACAUCUUGGAUUAACUUUGAUGAUGUUGAGGCCAUUAAAGCUAAGGUUUCUUAUGCCAAGGAGAAGGGGCUGCUUGGCUACGUCGCGUGGCAAGUCUCCUUUGAUGAUAAUUGGGCACUUUCUGAAGCUGCUGCAAGUAAGAAAUUAUGCUUCACUCAUUGUAAUUUGUAA